AAAAAAAAAAAAAUGCGGGGUGACUGGCACCCAAAAAAAUAAACAAUAUAAAAAAAGGUUUUCCAAAGUUCACGUCUUUUUCUUCUUCUUUUAUAUAUUUACUUGUAUUAAAUCAUGGUUAAAGUAACUGUUUGUGGUGCUGCUGGUGGCAUUGGUCAACCUCUUUCCUUGCUCUUGAAGCAAUCUGAACUCAUUACUCAUUUAUCUUUGUACGAUAUCGUGAAUACACCUGGUGUUGCUGCUGAUUUAAGCCAUAUUAAUACUCAAUCUAAAGUUACUGGUCAUGUUGGUGCUGCUCAACUUGAAGAAGCCAUCAAGGAUGCUGCUAUUGUGGUUAUCCCCGCUGGUGUGCCUAGAAAACCUGGUAUGACGCGCGAUGAUCUAUUCAAAAUCAAUGCUGGUAUUGUCCGUGAUCUUGCUGUGGCUGCUGCUAAAUAUGCUCCCAAGGCCUUUAUGUGUAUCAUCUCUAACCCUGUGAAUUCAACUGUUCCUAUUGUUGCCGAAGUAUUCAAGCAGUUCAAUGUGUAUGAUCCUCGUCGUAUUUUUGGUGUGACCACAUUGGAUAUCGUACGUGCUUCCACUUUUGUUUCGGAAUUGAUUGGUGCUAGUGCUAGUACACUCCGUGUGCCUGUGGUAGGUGGUCAUAGUGGUGUGACCAUCUUGCCCUUGUUAUCUCAAGUAGAGGGUACUGACAAAUUAAGCCAAGAACAGAUUGAACAAGUUACUUACCGUAUCCAAUUUGGUGGUGAUGAAGUUGUCAAGGCUAAAGAUGGUGCUGGUUCUGCUACUCUCUCUAUGGCCUAUGCUGGUGCUCGUUUUGCCUUGAACAUUGCUGAGGCUGUCGUGGCUGGUAAAAAGGGUAUUGUUGAAUGUACCUAUAUCGAUCUUGAGGCAGAUAAGGAAGGUGUAGCCAAAUCAUACGUAGGUGACUUGGAAUACUUUAGUUUGCCUGUUGAAUUGGGUCCUCAAGGUGUUGAAAGAGUAUUGCCUCUUGGUCAACUUAAUGACUAUGAACACAAGUUACUUGCUGCUGCUACUCCUGAAUUAAAGGGCAAUAUUGUUAAGGGAGCUACUUUUAUUACUGAAGCCAAAUUGUAAAUAAAUAUACACACUCAAAGAGA